AUGAGGCUGCCGGCACAUGCAGCAACAUCUGCUGCAGCUGCAGCAGCUGCUACUUCAUCUGUUGCUGCCGCUGCCUUCUGCAGGCGAGGCGGCGCCCUUGCAGCAGCAGCAACAGCAGCAGCAGCAGCAAGGCCCGCUGGUGCUGCAGCAAGAGUGGCAGCUGCAGCAGCAGCAUCAGCAGCGAUACCACGCAACCGAAGGCCUUGCUGCUGCUCUUUAUCCCAUGCACCUUUCUUUGCUUCAGCAGGAGCAGAGGCAAGACACGCUGCUGCUGCUGCUGCUGCUGCUGCUGCGGCAGACAGCAGCAGGCGCCUCGUCCAUACAGCAGCAGCAGACUCUCCGCCUUCUGAAGAGGCUGCAGCUGCAGCAGCAGCACAAGCUGCAGCAGCAGCUGAGGAUACACCCGAAUUGCCUCCUCAUUUUUUUUCUCGGGUUAAGUUUGUACAGGACUUCCCGCCGGUGUCGGUGCUGCAGCUGCUGCAGCAGCUGCAGCAGCAGCAGCACUUGCUGCUGCAGAGGUGGCAGUCGGAGGCAUCCAGCAGUGAUCCUGAAGCAGCAAACCUUUUAAAGAGGCGGCUGGAGCUACUUCGGUUGCAGCUACAGCUGCAGCAGCAGCAGCAGCAGCAGGCGCUGCUGCAGCAACUACCGCUGCUGCAGCCACGCGAAGUUGUCGCGCUGCUGCUGCGGCUGACAGCCAACAUUGAGGCCUUGAGAGGGGAUCUCUUUCCGCUCUUGCAUCAACAGCAACAAGACCAGCAGCAGCAGCAGCAACAGCAGCAGUUGCAGCAGCAGUUGCUGCAGCAGUGGGCUGACUGGAGGCGUUGUGUCAUUGACUGCGCUGCACAGGAGGCGUUUCUCGUUUGGAUGGCGAUGAACUCAGUCCGGGCCUUCAGCAGCAGCAGCAACAACUGCAGCAACAGCAGCAGCAGCAACAGCAGCAGCAGCAACAGCAGCAGCAGCAGCAGCAGCAGCAGCAGCCCUUUGCGCGCGUUGCUUCUGCAGGUCCGAGAGAGGCUGGAGGCAGCAGCCCUUGCGACUGAUGCUCGCAGCGGGCCUCGAAGACACCCGUGCGUGUACCUUUGGCCUGCUGGAGGUGAGGGUUUUUUGUCUCUGAUUGAAUCCGCUCCUCUCUCUGCAAAAGCUGCGAUUCUGACGGCGCAUGGAGGCCUGGGAGUCGUCUCAGCGGCGCGUUGUUCGAACCCGCUGGCUGCCAACGCCUUCGGGUGUUUUCUUCCAAGGCCGCAAACUUGCUGCUUCGCUCGCGCUGCACAUACACCAGGUACUGCAGCAGCAACAGCAGCAGCAGCAACAGCAGCAGCAGCAGCAGCAGCAGCAGCGGAGGCGGCUCCUGCGUAUAGCGGCAGGCUGCUGUCGUUGGAUGCCCAUUCUUUAACUCCUUGGCUUCCUUCGCUCGUGGUGCUGCUGCAUCAGCCCUUUGCGCUGCAGCAGCCGCUGGCAGUACACCUGGCUGCAGCAGCAGAGCCUUUGCUGCUGCACCAGCAACAGCAGCAGCAGCAGACGCAGACGCAGCAGCCUGCAGCAAUGCAGCGGCUAGUACAGCAGACACUGCGGGAAGCAGAUCCCUGCCUACUUGGCUGGGCACACCCUGAGUUGCUGCCUCCACGGCUGCUGCUGCAAAUUUGCGGGGGACUCCUUGCUGCUGGGUCUUAUGAAAUGCCACUGGAAUUGGCUAAAGGCUUCUUCAGCAGCAUCAAAGAGUAUCUCAAGCAAGCAGCAGCUCUCCGCCGCAACAACAGCAACAGCGGCAGCAGCAGCAACAGCAGCAACAGCAAGAAGAGCAGCAACAGCAACAGCUGCACCAUGCUGCUGCCUCUUCGAGACGUGGCGUUUUUCUACUCGGCACUCAAGCAUAGUGGGCUGAGAGAACCGGAGACCGUCCGGCUGCUGCUGCAGCAGCUGCAGCAGGACUUGCUGCGUGCUGCAGAUGCCGCAGCAACAACAUCGGCAGCAGCGGCAGCAACAACAACAGCGGCAGCCAGUGAUGCAGGAGCGGGUUCAGCAGCGGUAGAACCGGCAGCAGCUCCAGCAGCAGCCGCAGCAGCAGCAGCCGCAGCAGCAGCAGCAGCAGAGGCAAAAACAGCAGCACAGGCUGAGCGGCUGCUUGCUGUUGCUGAGGGUGGACCAGCAGAUUUGUGUGCCGUCCUCGAUGCUGCUGCAUUUGGCUGCAGGACACCAGCAGCAGCAGCAGCAGCAGCAGCAGGCUGUGAAGCAGCAGCAAACGAAGCGGCAGCAGAGUUUGCUGCUCUGUUCGAAUUCGCCUGGCAGCUGCUGCUGCCGCUAACCCCUCGGCUGGCACCGCCCUGCGGGGAAAGCGUGGAGGAGUUCCUCGCUGGACAUGCGGACCUAGAGCCAGAAGCCCUCGGCUCGCUGGCUCUCUAA